GAUAUCAUUGAUAAUUAAACUGAGAUGGUGCACACUCUUGCUCGCUCAUUGGCUAAGAAAUUGAGUCUACAGGUGUUUUUGAAUUACAACCAUUCAAGUGAAUUAACCUUGGAGAUAUUCCAAUAAUUGAGAGAGAAAUUAAUUGAAUCAAUAAUAUAAUAAUGAUAAAGGUCUAUAAUCCUGAGUUGCUUAUUUCUGAUGCAUCCGACAAAUUAACUUAGUUAGUCAGAGAUGACUUUAAGCCAUUCAUUCUCAGGUGUGAAUAACACAAACUAUGUGUCUUAGAAAAUGAGAACCUAAUUCUUUUCUCUCUUCUUUUUGACAAAUGUUAAACAAUAAUCGAUGAAGCCUAAUUGUAAAAAUGAUUAUAAAUAAGAACGAUUACAUUUGUGAGUUAGAAGGAUUAAUCUAAAAUUAUAGCAAUUAAAUUUGCAGACAAGAAAACAAUGUCCUAUUUACAACAUAAUGUAAUUCAAUCUCAUCAUAUGUAGAUUAAUUCAAGGAAAACCUAUACAUAAUAUAUGGGCCCUUUGGCAUAUCAACCAGUGAGAAAAGAGAGGACAUCAUUAUUAAGCACAGAAUCACCAGAAUAGAAUUUUCGAGGAAUAUUAAAUUUGGGAAUUUUGAUAUUAAUAGCUAAUCAUAUUAGAUUAAUAUUUGAGAAUUUUCAAAAAUAUGGUCUGCUAAUAACAAAUGUGUUCUGGAAGUUUGAGAUGAUGAAUAUCAAUGGCAAUCCUAUUAUGUAAGCUUUGUUAAUGUUAAUGAUUAAUUUAUUUAUUGGAUUUGGAAUUCAAUAUUUACAAUUCAAAAGAGAACUAAAUACCGGCAUAAUUAGAACUUUCAAUAUUACCAAUAUUGUAUUAACCAUAAUAAUCCCUUGUUAUUUAAUUUAAGGAUCACAUCCAGGAUUAAAUUUGAUUCUACUGGGUGUUUAAUUCAUUGCCUUCAUGAAAUUGAUAAGUUAUGCUCACUUUAUGAGAAAUACUUACUUCUAUAUCUAAAGAAUUAAGUAAGUGAAAAAUAAGAAAGUAGCUCUUGAUAAUUUCUUUGCUGAAUAUGAGGUCAACGCUGAAAACCUAAAGAUCUUAGAGAAAUACGCACAAGAUUAAUCCAAAAUAUUGGACUUUAAACAUUUCUUAUAUUUCUUAGCUGCUCCUACUUUGUGUUUCUAAUUGUCAUAUUUGAGAACAUAAUCUAUCAGAAAGGUUUGGUUGAUCAAGAGAAUAAUAGAAUACAUCUUUGUUAUUCUUUUUUUGGUUAUCAUUUGGUUCCAAUACACAGAACCACUUGUUGAGAAUACAUACAAAAUGCUUUCAAAGGCUCCGACGUUAAUGGUGCUAAUGGAUAGAUUAUUAAAAUUAGCAAUACCCAAUACUUAUAUGUGGAUGGCACUGUUUUAUGGAUAAUUCUAGUGUUUUUUGAAUAUCACAGCAGAACUCUUGAGAUUCGCAGAUAGAGAGUUUUACAAGGAUUGGUGGAACUGCAAGAAUCUUGAAGAAUAUUGGAGAUUAUGGAAUUUGCCUGUCCAUCAUUGGCUAGUUAGUAAAUAAUUAUGAUUAAAAUAGGGCAUGUCUAUUUUCCAUGUCUUAAAUCAGGUAUGAGCAGAACAGUUUCAAAUAUGAUAGUGUUCUUAGUAUCAGCUCUAGGUCAUGAAUACAUCGUUAGUGCAUCAAUAGGUGUAGUGGAAGCUUGGGCAUUUGUAGGAAUGUUUGCAUAGGCACCAUUUAUGUUAUUAUAAAAGAAAUUGGAGAAAGUAAAUAUUAAUGAUUACUUAUAAGUUACUUAAAUUAUAAGACUCUUAAUUGGGUAAUCUAAUGUUUUGGAUGACCUUUUGUUUUAUUGGACAACCAAUCAUGAUUUUUGUAUAUUACUUCAGAUAUUUGGAAAAGAUUGGUCAUCCAAUAUGA